AAUAUUGCCUAAGCAGAAACACCAAGAAGUGCUCGUCAAUCAGGUCACAACCUCAGGACGAAAGGGAGAGAAGCUGAUAGCGGUUUAGUUUUUGCAAGUAACUGCAAGUUAGACUUAAUCCCUGAAGUUUUCUAACAUGACGACAUCCAUGGAUUAUAAUCUUUUGUCCAAUGACCGUCAAACCAUGGACAACCUGGAAAAGCAGUUGAUUUGCCCAAUCUGUUUAGAAUUGUUCUCCAAACCAGUUGUUAUUCUUCCAUGUCAGCAUAACCUCUGCCGGAAGUGUGCAAAUGACAUGUUCCAGGCAUCCAAUCCAUACUGGUCUAACCGUGGCAGUUCUGCAGUGGGAUCAGGGGGUCGAUUCCGCUGCCCCUCUUGUCGACAUGAAGUGAUUCUGGACAGACAUGGGGUUUACGGCCUGCAAAGAAAUCUACUCGUUGAAAACAUUAUCGACUUAUACAAGCAAGAGUCAAUCAGUUUUGUUUGCAGACCUGAAAAGAAGACUGAGCAGCCCAUGUGUGAAGAACAUGAUGAUGAACGAAUCAACAUUUAUUGCAUGACAUGCGAAGUACCAACAUGCUCCAUGUGUAAAGUAUUUGGUGCUCAUAAAGACUGUGAGGUGGCUCCACUCACUAAUGUUUAUAAACGACAAAAGUCUGAACUCAGUGACGGGAUUUCAAUGUUGGUGGCAAGCAAUGACCGAAUUCAGACAGUGAUCACGCAGAUGGAAGAGACAUGCAGAAAUAUUGAGAGCAAUGGUAGUUGCCAAAAAGAAUUGAUGUGUGAGAAAUUUGAUGGUCUGUACACGAUGCUGGAGGAUAGGAAAAAGGACAUGCUGCAAAUUAUCACUGUGGAGCAGGAAGAAAAAACGCAGCAUGUUCGCUCCUUGAUUAGGAAAUAUGGGGAACAUCUCGAGGAGGUCUCCAAAGUUAUCGGGACUGGAUUACAGUGUAUGGAGGAGCCUGAAAUAGCAGUAUUUCUGCAGAAUACGAAGCCUCUUGUUAAAAAGGUUUCAGAAGCAUCAAAGAUAUCACACAUGGAAAAGAUAGAACGUGGCUUUGAGAAUAUGGAUCAUUUUUCAGCUGAAUUUGCAAAGGAAGAAAGGAUGCUGAAAGAGAUUGACUUCCAGAGAUUUGAAGAGGAGACAGAGGAACUGGAAGGAGAAGAGGAAGAGAUGGAAGCCGAAAAAGCUGAAGAGAUUCACACUGAUGUGGAACAGUUCCUGCACCAGGAAGACACUGCCGAGGGUAUGCCACCACCUCUAGCUCCAGCAGAGACAGUGCGCACAAACACAGCUGCAUUGGCGGCAGAAAUGGAAAAUGAUUCAUUGCCAGCAGAUGCUGUUCAGCAGGCCGCAACUGAGAUUCACAAUACACCGGAGUCUGCAACUCAGUUGCUGUCAACUGGAGAAGCAGCAGCCGCAGAUCCUUUCUUUUACCCUGCCUGGCAUAAAGCUCGUUCGUUGGACAAGAACAGCCCCAAUCUGAAUCCAGUGACCAAGAGUUCAGAGGAUCUAGAAGUGGACAAGAAUGAAGCUAGUUCAGUUGCCACUCCAUCGCAGGGUCUAGCGUUCUUCAUUUCAGUUUUGGUUUUGAUGAUCGCACUGCGCCACCUUUGGAAUCAGAUUCAGUACAUGAUUUUUUCUUUUCUGGACUGGUUUUGAAAACUCGGCUCCGAUCCCAUCUGGAGAGCAGGGUGGGGGCGAAGCGAUUGGCGACGACACACCCCGGCACGUCUUUUCCUUCUCCUGGUUAAACACGCAGGCUAAAUAGAAACACCAGAGACACAGGACAAAACUGGGCGCAUCGUAACCUUUCCAAAGUAAUAUCACUCAUUGUAAAAAUAAAAUCUAUCUUCACGCCUCACAUUUGAGGCUGUUGAUUUGGGUUUAUGCUUGUGGAUUUGAGAAUGGGAGGAUGCAGGUCAUCAUUUUACCUGUGUUAACUUUACCACCGGCCGCCUAGUUAGGGGUGAGGGAGCCGCGAAGCCACUAAACAUUUUGAUGGGAAAAGGGGAAUUUCUGGUAACGUCGCCGACCGUUCCACGUGAACUGUGGUGCCUACAACUCUUAACACUUUUGUGGCAAAUCUGUGUGUUGGUCCCAGCCGUUGCUGGGGUGGCGUGGCGCAUGUGGGUGGUGGUGGUGGUGGUGAGGGGGGUUCUGACAACACCCAGCGGGCCUUGUAUUUCAAUUAAAUGUGUUCUGUGUGCUUCAAA